UAAAGUUUCGGGUAGUUAACACCUGGGCUCCUUCCUUAGUUUAUGAAAUUUGUUUUCUGAAACCUAGCCAGGCAGCCUCCCUUCCUCCCUCGAUAUCGGGUGCCGCUAUUUGCUUCUCGUCUGAACCAUCCAACCAUUCAACGGCCCUGUGUUUGUUAAUUGAGAUUUGAGAUUCAACGCUCUAACAUUGGGACUUUCAGGGUACAAUGGCUUCCUCGCCUUCUGCCCUUGAUAAAGAACAGAUAUUUGGAAUGGCUGAAAAGGAGAUGGAGUAUCGAGUUGAAUUAUUCAACAAGAUGACCCAGACCUGUUUUAAAAAGUGUGUUGACAAUAGGUACAAGGAGUCCGAGCUAAAUAUGGGUGAAAAUAGUUGCAUUGAUCGCUGUGUUUCAAAAUACUGGCAUGUGACUAAUCUAAUUGGCCAGCUGCUUGGUUCUGGAAGGCCUCCUAUGUAAUCCAAUACUGUUAUGUCUCCUUUCGCGGUUAGCAACAUGUUAGCUACAUCUACGAUAUUAAUAGUUGCUUCCCCAAGGAAGCGUAAAUUUAAUACUUUGGAACGUCUUUAUUUUUGUCCAUGACUAUUUUGAGUGCAACCUGUUUUUGUUAAGAAAGGAAUUGAUGAUGAGCUUUUGAGGUAGCCAAAGGUGAACAAUACAAGUAGUUUUAGUUAAUUAAGUUUAUUCUUCUUUUUCAGAGGAGUUCAUGUUGUAAUCAGAGGAGUUUAUCUUAUAGUGACAAAUCUAUGUCUUACUCCAUUUUAAGGAACAAAAGGAACAAAACAUGACUUUUUGGCUCUA